AAAAAGUUUGACUAUUUAUGCUUCUUUGACGUUCCGAGCAACCAGAGUUCGAACCUUGUUGCUUACAGAAGUUAUGGAAAUGGAGAAAGAGCAAUUCUUGAAAGAAUUCGGCAAAAGUUAUGGAUACCCAGAUGGUCCCAAAAGCAUUGAUGAAAUUCGAGCUACUGAAUUCAAGAGAUUAGCUAACGAAACUGUGUAUUUGGAUCAUGCUGGGGCUACUUUGUAUUCUGAGCUACAAAUGGAAGCAAUUUUCAAAGAUCUUACUUCCAAUGUUUAUGGAAAUCCCCACAGUCAAAGCGACUCCAGCAUGGCUACUUCUGAAAUCAUAAAAGAGUGCCGCCAGCAGGUCCUAGAUUACUGUAAUGCAUCUGCAAAAGAAUACAAAUGCAUUUUCACUUCUGGAGCAACAGCUGCUUUAAAGUUGGUUGGGGAGGCUUUUCCUUGGAGCAGCCAGAGCUGCUUCAUGUACACUAUGGAGAAUCACAAUAGUGUCCUUGGGAUGAGAGAAUAUGCUCUGAACCAUGGUGCUGCAGCUGUUGCAGUAGAUGUAGAGGAGCUUGUGGGUCUGUGCACAUCCUCCAUUGACAAGAGAACUCUGUUCAAAGUGUCCCAGCAUACAACACAGAGGAGAAAUGGCAAUGAAAGCAUGGGAGAAAAUACUGCGGGCAAUGCAUGCCAUUUGUUUGCCUUCCCAUCAGAAUGCAAUUUUUCCGGUGUGAGAUUCAACCUUGAUUUGGUAAGGGCUAUCAAGGAGCAGUCGGGAGAGAUUUUUAAAGAUACAAUCCUGACCAAGGGUUGCUCGCUUGUCUUGAUAGAUGCUGCCAAAGGAUGUGCAACAGAACCUCCUGACUUAUCGAAAUAUCCUGCUGAUUUUGUUGUUCUAUCAUUCUAUAAGAUAUUUGGCUAUCCAACUGGACUUGGUGCUCUCAUAAUCCGAAACGAAGCUUCAAAGUUGCUGAAGAAAACUUACUUUGGUGGGGGAACGGUAGCAGCAUCAAUUGCAGAUGUGGACUUAGUCAAGCACAGAGAUGGAGUUGAGGAAUCUUUAGAGGAUGGAACUACGUCUUUUUUAAGCAUCGCUUCCAUUCGUCAUGGUUUCAGAAUAGUGAACACUCAUAACAUUUCUUCAAUCUCUCGGCAUAUUUCAUCUUUGACAACAUAUCUGCGGAGAGUACUUUCCAGUUUGAAGCAUGAUAAUGGAGCAGAUGUGUGCAUAAUUUAUGGAGAUAACAACACGGGCUCAAUGGUUUCGUUCAAUUUGAAACGGCCAGAUGGAUCUUGGUUUGGAUAUCGUGAGGUGGAGAAAUUGGCUUCUCUAUCUGGAAUUCAGCUGCGGACAGGAUGUUUUUGUAAUCCUGGUGCGUGUGCAAAGUACCUUGGCCUUUCUCACUUGGAGCUCCUUUCAAAUGUUGAGGCUGGUCAUAUCUGCUGGGAUGAUUUGGACAUUGUGAACGGAAAGCCAACAGGAGCUGUUAGAGUGUCUUUUGGUUACAUGUCAACGUUUGAGGAUGCUAAGAAACUUGCUGACUUUAUAGUAAGUUCCUUUGUGGUACUGCCCACUCCAGUGAGCUAUAGAUGCAUACAAGAGUCUGAAGUUUUCUUGACAGAAGGUUCAGAGAGAAUGCAAAAAACCACGGGUUUGUAUCUGAAGUCCAUCACUGUAUACCCAAUUAAAUCCUGCGCAGGAUUUUGUGUAGAUAAAUGGCCUCUGAGCAAAACAGGACUGGUACAUGACAGGCAAUGGCUUCUAAGAAGUCCAAGUGGGGAAAUUCUUACUCAGAAAAAGGCCCCAGAAAUGAGUCUUAUAAGUACAUUCGUAGACCUGAGGCAAGGUGUCCUGUUUGUUGAAUCACCACGUUGCAAAACAGAACUCCAGAUUCUCCUGAAAUCAGUACCAUAUGGUUGUGGAAGAGAAGAGAUAGAUUUGCACGGCCACAGAUAUGAAGUGCAAUGUUAUGAUCAGGAAGUUAACAGUUGGUUUAGUAAUGCUAUUGCACGUCCAUGCAUUCUCUGGAGAUCCUCAGCUUCAAAUUGUUAUUUAAAGAAUCAGGAAAGUACUGGCAUGUGCAGGGAUAUGGGGAGUUCAUUAAGUUUUGUCAAUGAAGCUCAAUUUUUGCUAAUAUCUGAAGCAAGUGUCUUGGAUCUCAACAACAGAUUACGGUCAAAAACAUCUCAAAGUCUCCAAGCACAAGUUCCUCAGGUUUCUGCAAUGAGAUUUCGCCCCAACCUUGUCAUAUCUGGAGGAGAGCCAUAUGCUGAAGAUCAAUGGAGGCGAAUUCGAAUUGGGAGCAAAUAUUUUGAAUCAUUGGGAGGAUGCAACCGAUGCCAGAUGAUCAACUUCGAUCAACGAUCAGAAAGCGUGCACAAAACCAGCGAGCCUUUGGUUACUUUGGCAUCAUAUAGGCGGGUGAAGCAGGGAAGAAUUUUGUUCGGAGUGUUGCUGCGAGUUGAGGAUUGCAGUCUGGAAAAGGAGGAAUCUGAUUCAUGGCUAGCGGUCGGGGAAGAGCUGCAUCCAGAUAUGAUGUAAAGAAAAUGAUGAAUGUUCGGCUUGAAAGGUUUAGAUUACAGCUUGUACGAUCUCCCUUAAGUUGCAGCAGUAGCAAAAUCGAAAAGAUUAUGCUUGAAAUUGGUCGAAGGUUGGAACAGUCUUGCCUGGUAUGUGGAGAUGUUAUAAUUUGAUCUCUCUACACAAGGAAAAAAUAGAAGGGAAAGUGAAGAUUUUCGACGAAGAAAGUGUCUCACAUGUAUGUAAAUUGUAAAUGCUUAUAUGCAGGGGUGUGCACAAACCGUUCCGGACCGGAAUUUUUCCCGUCCGGUCCCGGUCCAAGGAAAUGCCAGAUUCCGGUCCUAGACCGGUGCACACCCCUACCUAUAUGUAUAAAUUCAUAGAAUAAAGCAAAACAUAAACCACAUGGUGAUUCUUUUUUAAUGCUCCAUAUUGUUUAAAAUGUAUUUUGUCUCAAUUUUUUUUUUAAUAUUUUUUUCAUUGUAAUAAUAAUAAUAAUGGUUAACUAUUAGCACUCUGAUAGUACUGAUACUCCAGAAAGUGAGCAGAAUGUUUUUCUUUUCUGAUCUUUUAUUCCA